GAGGCAGAAAGAGGAUAAGAGUGUAGCAAACACUAUUGUGUGUGUAUGACAGUGGCUCCUUGUAUUUCGCUUCUGUGAGAUUCAGAAUGUCGUCAAUAUUGUCUAUUUCAUCACCAAUCUCCCGUUGUUCUUAUUCCUCAAUUUCGAUUUGUCGCUUGCCAUGUUCUUUCACUGCACAUCCAUUUCUGAAAUUGCAAGAAAGAAGAGCGAAAGGGAAAGGGACAGUGGUAAUGAGCAUGGAGGCGGGUAUUGGAGUGAUGGGCACCAAAUUGGGUAUGAUGAGCUAUUUCGAAGCUGACGGAGAGGUUGUUCCCGUCACUGUGGUGGGUUUCAAAGAAGGUAACAUCGUCACUCAGAUCAAAACUGAGGCCACCGAUGGCUACAACGCCGUCCAGGUUGGUUACCGAAGAGUCAGAGACCGCAAAUUGACCAAACCCGAAAUGGGACAUCUCCAGAAGGUCGGCGCCAUUCCCAUGCGCCAUCUUCAGGAGUUCCGUCUUCAAACCAUCGAUAACUUUGAUCUUAACCAACGCCUUCUUUUGGAUGAAAUUUUCAAGGAGGGUGAUCUUGUGGAUGUCUCUGGCACCACCAUUGGCAAGGGUUUCCAAGGUGGAAUAAAGCGUCAUAACUUCAAAAGGGGUCAAAUGAGCCAUGGUUCAAAGAGUCAUAGACAAUUAGGAUCAAUUGGUGCUGGAACCACACCUGGGCGUGUAUACAAGGGAAAGAAGAUGCCUGGUAGGAUGGGAGGAACAAAGAGGAAGAUAAGAAAGCUUAAGAUUGUCAAAAUCGAUAAAGAUCUUAAUGUUGUAAUGAUCAAAGGUGCUGUCCCUGGUAAGCCAGGGAAUCUUCUUCGGAUAACUCCAGCCAAGAUUGUAGGCAAAAACAUUCCAAAGAAUUAGCAUUUCUUUUCUGUCUGUAACUUUUUUGUUUUCCUGUUAGCCCUCUAGCUUCAACUUUUGCAUUCUACUCUUGCUUUGUAUCGAUCGAGUUGAGUUAUACAGCACCUUACGAUUAUGAAUUAUGUAUCUUAAUCAACAUAAACCUUGGGAAAAUAAGUUCAAGCUUGUGUAAGUGCAGUUGAAUAGAAUUGCCUCUUAUAAAAAUAUAUGUAAUUCUUGACUUUCUAAACUUAAUAAUCAAUAAUUUAAACUUUCAAAUUCUUGAGGGUGUAGUCUUUGGUUAGAUAUGAAGAUUAAUGUAUG